AUGAAUAGUGGUGAAUCCGGAAGUUCAACUCCCAAAAUUCCACCAAGGCCAAGAAAGCAGAAGACGUCAGACCUGUUAAAAUUGAAUGAAAGUUCCUCAACUAUGAAUAGUUUGAACUCGAAAUCCGAGGAUGAUAUUGAAAAAAUCUCAUUAAAUAGUCUGGAAUUGCCCAAGGCUAAUUUCGAUAAUUAUGAUACAAGUAGCGGAGAGAAAGUAACAACAGAAGAUGAUAAAACUGGAGAAAUUAUUAAAGAAGCUGAACAGGAUGAUGAAGAAGGAAUAUUAAAUUCUCAAUUGAAUGAAGAUGAUCCAGUAGAUGGUGAAAAAACUCCAGGCAACUCAACUACAAAAGCAACUUUUAAAGAAGAUGUUGAAGAUCAAGAAGGUUUAGAUGAAAGAUCUAGUUUUGAUGACGACUUGGAAACAAUUAUGCAAGAAAACCAAUCAAUAAAUCAUGAGAAUCUUAAUCAGGAUAGUAGCAGAAGUGAAACAUUAGACGAAGAAAUAAAAGAAUCUUCAGAAAUAAAUGAUGUAGAAGAGAUUGACAAAUCCAAAGGUAUAACCAACGAGGAUAAGCAAAUACCAGAUAAAGCUCUAGAAUCCAAAUCUAUGAAUACUAGGACCGAAGAAAAAGAUACCAGUGACAUUCAAAAACAAUUCCCGACCAUCCCUAGCCGUCCAAUUAGCAAAGAAAAAUCAAAUUCAGUCAAAAAAACCGAUGAACUUGAUAAAACAAUAGGUAUUAACACUUCUUCGGUUAGAAAUGAGAUAGACCAAAAGGAAAUUGAUAAAUCAGAGGAUAAAGUUUUAGGAGCAAAAAAUGAAGAACCAAAAUCUUCGGAUAUUGAACCAAAAAUCAAGACUACAAAAAAUCCAAUCAUUCCAAACAGACCUAAAAGAAAAGAUAUAAGUGAAAACUCUUUGCCUCCACCAGAUGAAGUAAAGGAUGAAAGCUCAAAAAAUCCCAAAGAAAGUACAGAAUCCAUCAGCGACAUAAAUUCAGCAUCAAAGUCAUCAUCAAAUUUAAGUACAAAUCAACCAGCAGAUAAAACUCCAGACUCAAAAAAUGACCAGAAUAAUGAAAAAAGUAGUUCCAAAGACUCUUCUCAAUCAUCAUUAUCAUCAACUCCUCAGAUACCAUCUAGACCUAAAAAAGAGGAGGUCUUAAAGGAAAAGCCUCGAGCUCCACCACCAAAACCUAAAAAAUUGUCAAGUAAGAUUGCAGCUUUUCAACAACAAUUAUUUCAACCGCAGCUCAAUACUAAUAGCUCAGAUUCGGAAUCACAAGAUGAAAAAUCAGAAUCAAAAAAUGAAACACCCAAAUCAAAACCAGUACAUUUCAAAAAAUUUGAGGCUAGUGGUAUUCCAUUACCAGGAAUGUUCAAUCCUGCAUUAUUAAAACAAAAUCAACAACAAUCUGAAUUUAAAGAAUCAUCAAGCUCAAGUUCAAACUCAACUAGUCACAAUAAUAUUAAAAGAACUCGUGGGCCAAAAGGUAAAAAAUUACCAAAAGCUAUAGCUAAUGCUUCAGUUGAGUCAAAAAAUCCAUUUAGUUGGGAAAGUGGUAAAUUAUGGUCGUUUGACUUUAAGAGUACGAAUGAAGAUGAUGAAGAGAUUGAAAAUUGUGUUUUGGCAAACGAAGAAAGCAAGAAAGUGGCCAACAAUGCAAAUCCUAAUCUUAAUGAUUUAUCUACUCAACCUACUGAAUCAGUCAAAUAUGAUCAGAGCCCAUUACAUAUUGAUAGUAAUAAGGAAAUUAAUUUAGAAACUGAGUUGCCCGAAGAUGAUCAAACACAAGUUUCAAGUAUCGAGAAAGUAGCCACCACUAAAGAUUAUAGAAAGGAAGAAGAAAUACCAAAAGUUAUCAAUUCGAAUCAAGGCGAAGAUGAUGAUGGAGAUGAUCCCAAAGAAACUGUAAAUACAGUUGUGAAAUUAAAUCAUGAAAAUUUGGAAAAAGAUUCAGAAGAACUAGAAGAAUCAUUAGAUAACAGAAAGGUUGAAAAUAUAAUAGAUGAUUACAAAGACACUUUGGAACCAGAAAAAGAAGUCGAGGAUCUUGAGCAAUUGGCUGAGUUAGAUAAGUAUACAGCAUUACCAAAGAAUAAUGAAUAUGACGCGUCUGUUGAUGAAUAA